AUGUCGAAACGAUCAUCAAACUUCGCUUGUUUCUUCGAUGUUGAUGGUGUUAUCACCAAAGGUCCAGGUGCAAUUCCUGCCGCUAAGCUCGCUUUGCAAAAACUGCAUAAACUCAACGUGCCGUAUAUAUUUGUCUCCAACACAUGUAUGCUAGAAUCAGAAAAGGCCGAUCAAUUAGCAAAAAUGCUCGAAGUACCUGUUCCCUCUGAUCAAGUCGUUUUAGCCCAUACACCGAUGCGAUGUCUAACGGAAUAUCAUUACAAACAUGUUUUAGUAUGUGGACAAGGUGAUGUUGAAGAAAUAGCACGAAUAGUUGGAUUUAAAGAUGUAACCACCAUCGAUAAAUUAUGUGCAGAUUUUCCGGAAUUAGAUAUGGUUGAUCAUACCCAUCGAACUGAACUGAGUGAAUUAAUAAAGACCCAUGGUCUUGUUCAUGGAAAAGAUUUCCGACCGAUUGAAGCUGUUGUACUUCUCGGCGAACCCAUUCAUUGGGAAACAUCAUUGCAAAUUAUAACAGAUAUCUUAUUAACUCAUGGAAAUCCAAACGUAACUCCUCAUUCAUUAAAUGUUGGUACACAUAUACCAGUCAUUGCAUGUAACAAAGAUUUAGUAUUCAAAGCUGUUGCUGACCUACCACGAUUCGGUCAUGGUGCAUUUCUAACAUGCCUUGAGGCAUUAUAUAAGAAACUCAGUGGAAAUGAUCUGAUGUAUACCGCAUUGGUCGGUAAACCUUAUGAAAUCUCUUUUCAGUACGCAGAAAUGAUGGCGAAUAAAGUGGCACGUAGUAAGGGCCAAUCCAAAAUCGAGCGGAUGUAUUUCGUUGGAGAUAAUCCUGAAGUUGACAUUGUCGGUGCCAAUGUUUAUAACGCCUUACUUCAAAAGACGGCCAGUUCAAAUGGAAGUUUCACGGGUUGCGGACUUCUAUCUCAUCCACGCUUAUUGAGUGCAAAAACGUGUGAAUCGAUUUUAGUUUGUACUGGAGUAUAUGACCCUGAAGUUCACGAACUAAACCCUAAACAACCUUGGGCUAUGCCAACAACAAUUCAGUUCGAUGCAUUAAAAGCUGUAGAAUAUGUUUUAAAAAAAGAAAAUAUUGUAUAA